AUGAGCCGUAAACUAGUAGUGCUAGGUGGUACUGGUUUUUUGGGCAAACGAAUCUGCGAAGCUGCAGUGGAGGCUAACUUCAAAGUUACUUCGUUAUCCAGAUCCGGGAAAGCCGUGUCAUCGGAAGCAUGGGCGCAGGAGGUUGAAUGGAAGUCGUGUGAUAUUUUUGAGCCCAAGAGCUAUGCUUCAGAAUUGCGCAAUGCUACGGAUGUUGUGCACAGUUUGGGGAUUCUACUAGAGAAUGAGAACUACAAGAAGCAAGUGAAUGGGACAUCAUUGUGGCCCACAUCGAUACCCGAAUUGCCCAAGAUGAGCACGUUAUUUGGGAAGAAUCCGUUGGAAAAAGGUGGUCAUGGUAAUGGAGCAAACGCAAAGAAAUCGAGUGCGACAAACUUCACUUACGAGAUGAUGAACAAGUACAGUGCGACUCUGCUUGUGGAUACGUAUAUGAAAGUGAAUGCUGGGAAUGCCAGGACGUUUAGUUAUGUUUCUGCAGAUAGGGGGUUUCCGAUGAUUCCUCGCGGGUACAUUGAUUCGAAGCGGGCGGCUGAGGCGCACAUCAUGCAGUAUGAGGACGAGAUUCGUCCGAUAAUACUGAGGCCUGGGUUUAUGUUUGACGAGAGGAAUACGCGAGCUGAUGGGCGGGCGCGAGUGCGCGAUCUAUUGCAGCUUUUGAACUGCGGUAACGAGUUGCUUCUGGGGAAGAAGGUGGGGUGUGUGAAUGAGCUGGUGCGUCCGUUGAUCUCCACGCAGCAGGUUGCACAUGCGCUGAUGGCGGUCUUGAACGAUGCGGAGUUCAAGGGCGUGCUUUCGCUGGAAGAUAUGAUUAGUGUUUGA